AUGAAGGAAGCACCUGAUCGCUUUCCUGGCGCCGUGCUGUUGCAGCCGAUCGGCAUGAGUAUCCAUACUACGGAGCGAGACCGAUGGCCUGGCGUGAAUGCUGACGCCACCACACACUGGUUCGGAGACUGGGCCAAAGACAUGGAAAGCACUGGCAAGGCCAGCGUCGGCGCUCUUCGCGGCCUCUAUGAGGCUAUGUUCGGCUCCGGCCGGGACUUUGUCUUCAGCGUCACACGGGAGGAUGUACAAAAGAUGCAGGCUCCCAUGCUGGUGCUGAUGGGUCUGGACCUCUACCAUCCGAGCGAGACGGCACGGGAAGUGGCGCGCCUGGCGCCAGCCGCGGAGCUCGUUGAAAGGUGGCGCGACAGCCCAGAGGUCCUGGAGGAGGCAGUGGACAAGAUCCUGAGCUUCCUUGCUCAACAUGGAGGAGCCCCUACUCCCGCUCAUCCGAAAUCAA